CUGUGGCACGCACGCAUGCACAAGACGCCGGCACGGCCCAGGGCGUGUCAGCAACGGCAGCAGGAAGCGUGACCUCCUCGGCCUCACACUCAAAGACGACUUUGCAAAAGCUUGCGGUUGAGCCGCAAUGGGUCCCAAGCGCAAAGCAAAGCAAAAGUGGCUUUGCCGCCGGGCGUGGCGACCUCCAAGGCUCGGCGACCACGGGGAGGUCAGCCGCGAGCGGUGGCCGUCUCUCGAUUGGCUGAAUGUGCCUUCGAGGUCAGGAGGAGGCGCUUUGCGCAAACACGCUUGACGCGGGACCCUUGCUCCUCACUCUUGCUGGGUUGAUGAACGCUUUGCCGAUCGUGGAUUUGAUCGCUCGGCGGAACACGCCAAGCGCAUUCUCCAGUCCCACGUUUGCUUGCGCUUCUCCAUGGCAAGACAAGCUUUGCAGCUGCUCUCGUUUAUUUUGGCUCCAGCUAUUUUGCCGUGGGCAGGAUGUCGUCAGGCCUCGGCGACCACUCCUCGGACUUUAGCGACUACGCCAACUGGUCGCUGGAGGAUUGGCAGGGGACGGAGGACGACUGGUGCGAAGCGGGCGAGCAGGAGGCCGUAAUCAAGGUGUUCCAGACGUGUCUCUUUGCCGCCUUCUUCUUGUCGGGCGUGGCGGGAAACCUUCUGGCCGUGGCCACCUUUGCGGCCAAGCGCCGGCGCUCGGCCACCGACACCCUCCUGUUCCAGCUGGCGCUGGCCGAUCUGCUGCUGCUGCUGACGCUGCCGUUGCAGGCGGCUGACACCAACGUGGGCUGGAUCUUCUCGGCGCCGGCGUGCAAGGCGGUGCGCGCCGUCUACGCCGUCAACACGUACGGCGGCCUGCUGCUGCUGGCAUGCAUCGCCGCCGACCGCUACCUGGCCGUGGACCCGGCACGGCGCCGCCUUCGCCGCCGCGCUUGGCCAGCGGUGACGGUCUGGCUGGCGGCGGCACUCCUCAGCCUGCCUGAGGUCCUCUUCUCGGGCGUGGCGGGCUCCGGGGACGCCGCCUACUGCGGCAUGCUGGCCGACGCUCGUGUCAAAAAGGCCGCUGCUGGCAUCGCCGUGGGCGUCUUCUCUCUGUCCUUCUUGGUGAUGGCAGCGUGCUACGGCGGCAUCGCUCGAGUUUUGUGGGCGGUAGGGGGCGGGGCCUUUGGCGGCUGGCGGCGCCAGCGCACCUUGAAGCUAAUGGCGGCGCUGGUGGCGCUCUUCCUGCUCUUCCAGCUGCCCCACAGCGCGGUGCUGUGCGUCAAGAUGGCGCGGCCCCUUUGCGCCCCGCUGCUGGAGUACGUCACGCGCAGCCUGGUGUACGCCCGCUGCUGCCUCAAUCCCGUCGUCUACGUCCUGGCAGGCCAGCGCUUCCGCCGAGAUGCGCUGCGCCUCCUGCGCCUCCGGGUUGCCUCGCCGUAAUCCCACGCCGACGUGCCGUGCACGCUUUCCUGGCCUCGGUCUGUUUGUUUGCACGCUCACUUGAUUAAAGCCACGCGGCUGCCUGCA